AGUACGGGCCGUUGUGUCUCUCAGACAAGAUGGCGGCGGAGCUAUGUGAGGGUUGGAGGAAUAAAUAAAAGAAGCCGGCUUGAGCAGAGAACUCUCUGCACUGAAUCAAGGAAAUGUUGUGUUAAGGUCACGAGGGGCCUGAAUCGCGAUCUCGAUUCUGUAACGAUUAUUGGUUCAGCUCUACGUGCUCCCCAACUGGAUGUUCGGGGAAGCAGCAGAGACCAAGCCAGAGGCUACUCUAGACUAUGGAGCCAUGCCUGUCCCCUCCAGACAUCUGAAGCUGCUGGUAGGAAGUGCUCUGCCUGGAGCACAUGCAGUGUGAUGAAUAUCCCGCUCAGAAAUUGUGGAGUGACAACAGAAGAAGGGAGUCUUCAAGCCUGGGGGUAGCCCAGCAUGGCUGCAGCUUCAUAUGACCAGUUGUUAAAGCAAGUUGCGGCUCUGAAAAUGGAGAACACAAACCUUCGUCAAGAACUAGAAGAUAAUUCAAAUCACCUAACAAAGCUCGAGUCCGAAGCUUCAAACAUGAAGGAUGUUCUCAAACAGCUGCAAGGAAACAUCGACGAUGAAGCCAUGGCUUCUUCAGGCCAGAUUGAUCUGUUGGAGCGGCUGAAAGAUUUAAAUUUAGAUGGCACAACCUUCACAGGUGUGAAGAUGAAGUCAAAGAUGCCUCACCGAUCUUAUGGAAGCAGAGAAGGCUCUCUUUCAGGCCACUCAGGGGAGUGCAGCCCAGUUCCAGUGGGCUCCUUUCCUCGCAGGGGAUUUGUCAACGGAAGCAGAGAGAGUGCUGGGUAUAUGGAAGAACUGGAGAAGGAGCGGUCAUUACUUAUUGCUGAGCUUGAAAAAGAGGAGAAAGAAAAAGACUGGUACUAUGCCCAGCUUCAGAAUCUCACCAAAAGGAUCGAUAGCCUACCACUUACUGAAAAUUUCUCGCUUCAAACUGACAUGACCAGAAGACAGUUGGAGUUUGAGGCCCGACAGAUCAGAGCUGCAAUGGAAGAGCAACUGGGGACCUGUCAAGAUAUGGAAAAGCGUGCACAGCUGAGAGUAGCAAGAAUUCAGCAAAUUGAAAAAGACCUAAUCCGAAUGCGCCAGGCAUUGCAGUCCCAGCCUGCAGAAGGAGAGAGGGCACCGCAGAGCAAGCACGAUGCUGGCAGCAGGGAUGCAGAGAAGCCUCUUGAUGCACAAGGAGGCACAGACGUUGCCACCAGCAGCACCGGUGGAAAUGGGCAGGGAACAACUCCUCGAGUGGAUCAUGAUACUACCAGUGUUAUGAGCUCUAACAGUAGCUAUUCCGUUCCUCGAAGACUGACUAGUCAUCUGGGUACCAAGGUGGAGAUGGUAUAUUCUCUUCUUUCUAUGCUGGGUACUCAUGAUAAGGAUGAUAUGUCCCGUACACUACUAGCCAUGUCAAGUUCCCAGGACAGCUGCAUAGCUAUGCGCCAAUCUGGAUGUCUUCCUCUUCUCAUCCAAUUACUUCAUGGGAAUGACAAAGACUCCGUUCUGUUGGGGAACUCCCGCGGAAGUAAAGAGGCCAGAGCUCGUGCUAGCGCCGCUCUUCACAAUAUCAUUCAUUCCCAACCUGAUGACAAGAGAGGGCGGAGAGAAAUCCGGGUUUUACACCUCUUGGAGCAGAUCCGAGCCUAUUGUGAGACCUGCUGGGAAUGGCAAGAGGCACAUGAGCAAGGCAUGGACCAGGACAAAAAUCCAAUGCCUGCUCCUGUGGAACAUCAGAUUUGCCCAGCAGUCUGCGUACUGAUGAAACUCUCAUUUGAUGAAGAACACAGGCAUGCAAUGAAUGAACUUGGGGGAUUGCAGGCUAUUGCAGAACUACUUCAUGUAGAUUGUGAAAUGUAUGGACUUAUUAAUGACCACUAUAGUAUUACACUUCGUCGAUAUGCUGGGAUGGCAUUAACGAACCUGACUUUUGGAGAUGUAGCCAACAAGGCCACCCUGUGUUCAAUGAAAAGCUGCAUGCGAGCCCUUGUAGCCCAAUUAAAAUCAGAAAGUGAAGAUCUUCAGCAGGUCAUUGCAAGUGUGCUUAGAAAUUUAUCCUGGAGAGCAGAUGUAAACAGCAAAAAGACGCUGCGUGAAGUGGGGAGCGUGAAAGCAUUAACAGAAUGUGCACUGGAAGUAAAAAAGGAGUCCACCCUAAAGAGCGUACUAAGUGCCUUGUGGAACCUGUCUGCACACUGCACAGAGAACAAAGCUGACAUAUGUUCUGUAGAUGGGGCACUGGCUUUCCUGGUUGGCACAUUAACUUACAGAAGUCAGACAAAUACUCUAGCCAUCAUAGAGAGUGGUGGCGGAAUACUGCGAAAUGUGUCCAGCCUAAUUGCCACUAAUGAAGACCACAGGCAAAUCCUGAGGGAGAACAACUGCUUGCAAACACUUCUACAGCACUUGAAAUCACACAGCUUGACUAUUGUUAGCAAUGCUUGUGGCACUUUAUGGAAUUUAUCAGCUCGAAAUGCCAAGGAUCAGGAGGCUCUCUGGGACAUGGGUGCUGUCAGCAUGCUCAAAAACCUCAUCCAUUCAAAGCACAAAAUGAUAGCAAUGGGCAGUGCAGCAGCCUUACGGAAUCUAAUGGCAAACAGACCUGCUAAAUAUAAAGAUGCCAACAUCAUGUCUCCUGGAUCUAGUGUUCCAUCCCUUCAUGUUCGAAAACAGAAAGCCUUGGAAGCAGAACUUGAUGCGCAACACCUAUCUGAGACGUUUGAUAACAUUGAUAACUUAAGCCCCAAAACGUCGCAUCGCAAUAAGCAGAGACACAAGCAGAAUUUGUACAGUGAUUAUGUUUUAGACUCGAGUAGACAUGAUGACUCUAUUUGUCGAUCAGACAACUUCAACCCUGGCAACUUAACUGUGCUUUCACCAUACAUAAAUGCAACAGUGCUGCCAGCACCUUCAUCUAGGCAAGCUGGUGAUAGCAGGACAGAAAAGGACAGAGAACGCCCUGGAGUAAAUAACUAUCAUACUAGCAGUGAUGGAAGCUCUUCCAAGCGUAUAGGACUCCAGCUGUCAACUACUGCUCAAAUCUCGAAAGUUUUGGAUGAAGUAUCAAACAUUCAUCCAUCUCAAGAGGACAGAAUUUCAGGAUCUUCUUCAGAUACUCACAAUGCAUCGGAUGAAAGAACUGCUACCAGAAAGACAUCUAACCAUUCCCAUACAAAUCUGUACAAUUUUUCCAAAGGGGAGAACUCUAACAGAGGAUGUCCUGUGUCCUACAUGAAAAGCAUGGAGUAUAAAAUGUCCUCAAAUGAUAGUUUAAACAGUGUUGGCAGCACCGAUGGCUAUGGAAAGCGUGGCCAAGUUAAACCAUCUGUUGAGUCAUAUUCUGAAGACGACGAGGGCAAAUUCUGUAAUUAUGGACAGUACCCAGCAGGUCUAGCUCAUAAAAUACACAGUGCUAAUCACAUGGAUGAUAAUGAUACUGAACUUGAUACUCCAAUAAAUUAUAGUCUCAAAUAUUCAGAUGAACAAUUAAAUUCUGGAAGACAAAGCCCGACUCAAAAUGAGAGAUGGGCUAGACACAAACAUAUUGUGGAUAAUGAAAUGAAACAAAAUGAGCAAAGACAGAUAAGAAAUCCCAAAACGCCUUUUACUGCAUUCACAGAAAACAAAGAUGAAAAACACAAAAAAUUCCCCCCUCAUUUAUCACAGCCAGAAAAUUCCUCCCCAUAUCGUACUAGGGUGGCAAAUGCCCAAGGUGAUCAGAUACGAACAAAUUCUGCUAUAGGAAUGAAUCAGAAGUCUAGCAAAUCUCCUUGUCAGGUUGAUGACUUUGAUGAUGACAAAACAACCAAUUUCAGUGAGCGUUAUUCUGAGGAAGAACAGCAAGAAGAUGAAGAUGAAAGGCAAGUCAACUUCAGCAUGAAAAAUUACAGCCAAGAUGAGCACCAUGUUGAGCAGCCCAUUGAUUACAGUCGAAAGUAUCCACCUGAAGUUCAAUCCACAACACAAAAACCUUCAUUUUCUUUUUCAAAGAUUUCUUCCAAACAGAGAGCAAAGAAAGAUCAUGCGGCAUCCAACAGCAAUACACCAACUCCCUCACCCAACACAAACCGACAAAAUCAACUUCAUCCUAAUUCUGCUCAGUCUCGAAGUGGUCAAAACAGGCAAAAACAAACCGCAAGUAAACCUCCAUCAAUAAAUCAAGAAACUAUGCAGACCUACUGCGUUGAAGAUACACCUAUAUGUUUUUCAAGGUGCAGUUCUUUGUCAUCUUUGUCUUCUGCUGAAGAUGAAAUUGAAGGACGUGAAAGAGCAUCCCAGGGAGCAGAUGGAAAUAAUUCACUUCAGAUAACUGAACUUAAGGAUAGCAGAGAUUCUAAUACUAAGGAAGGUGUAACAAAUGAAUCUCGUUCCACAUCACACCAUAUUCGGACAAAAAAUGGCAGAUUGCAUACUUCAAACUUGUCUCCUUCAGACCCUUCAAGGCACAAGUCUGUAGAAUUCUCCUCAGGUGCAAAAUCUCCCUCCAAAAGUGGUGCUCAGACACCAAAGAGCCCCCCAGAACAUUACGUUCAGGAAACUCCUUUAAUGUUCAGCAGGUGCACUUCUGUCAGCUCUCUGGAUAGUUUUGAGAGCCAUUCAAUAGCUAGCUCUGUGCAGAGUGAGCCAUGCAGUGGUAUGGUUAGUGGUGUUAUAAGUCCUAGCGAUCUUCCUGACAGCCCAGGACAGACAAUGCCUCCAAGCAGAAGUAAAACUCCUCCACCUCAGGUAGUACAAAAUAAGAGAGAUGCAAAUAAAGCCAAAUUAUCAGCUGGCACAGAGGAGAGAGACUCUGCUGAAAAACAGACUACUGUACAUUCAGCAGUUCAGAGGGUGCAGGUACUUCAGGAAGCAGAUACCUUCUUGCAUUUUGCCACUGAGAGCACACCGGAUGGAUUUUCAUGUGCAUCAAGCCUUAGUGCUCUUAGUCUUGAUGAACCUUAUAUUCCGAAAGAUGUAGAACUUAAAAUCAUGCCCCCUGUUUUUGAAAAUGAUCAAGGGAAUGAAGCAGAGUCGGACAAGUCCAAAGAAUCCACUGUUCAUCAAGAGUCAAAAGAAGACCGGCAAGCAGAACCAGAGAAGGAUAUGUUGGAUGAUACAGAUGAUGACAUUGAUAUAUUAGAGGAGUGUAUAAUAUCAGCUAUGCCUACAAAAUCCUCCAGGAAAAACAAGAAAACUUCGCAACCCCCUGCUUCCAAAACUGCACCACCUACAGCUAGAAAACCAAGCCAGCUGCCAGUCUAUAAACUACUUCCCCCUCAAAAUAGAUUACAGGCUCAAAAACAUGUUGGUUUCACCCAUGCUGAUGAUAUGCCUAGAGUUUACUGUGUCGAAGGAACACCAAUAAAUUUUUCUACAGCAACAUCUCUCAGUGACCUUACCAUAGAAUCCCCACCAAAUGAGUUGGCAACUAAUGAUCAAGCAAAUGCACUACCUGUGCCUACACAUUUUGAAAAAAGAGACACUAUUCCAACUGAAGGAAGAAGUACAGAUGACUCGGAGAUUGGUAAAAAUGCAAGCACCAGUGCAUUAGGACUUGAUGAGGACAAAACAGAAGAAGGGGAUAUUCUUGCAGAAUGCAUACAUUCAGCUAUGCCAAAAGGGAAAAGCCACAAACCAUAUAGAGUAAAAAAGAUAAUGGAUCAGAUUAAUCAUACCAGUGCAAACACUACCUCAAAUAACAAGAAUUCUCAAGAAACUGAAAAGAAGCCCACCUCUCCAGUGAAACCUAUUCCACAAUUAACUGGACCUGCAAAGAAGAACACCGAACACAAAAUGAGCCUAGGACCGGAAAAACCUUACUGUGAGACAAAAAAGCAAAAUGUAAGAAUCCAGUCCACAAAUAAACUUUCCAACAACGAAGAUCGUUUAAAAGGAAGUUUUGCAUUUGAUUCUCCGCACCACUAUACACCAAUAGAGGGCACGCCAUACUGCUUCUCAAGGAAUGAUUCACUCAGUUCAUUAGACUUUGAUGAGGAUGAUGUUGACCUUUCAAAAGAAAAAGAUGAGUUACGGAAAGAAAAAGCAGCAGAUUCAAGAACAGCAAAAAAAAAUCCUCAAUCGAGUCAAACAGGACAGGGACAGUCAAGUCAGAAGAAUCCAGCAAGCAGAGCUUCACCCAAGUCACUGUUGCAAAAACAAGCCUCUUUUCCUCCUGCAUCUAAAUCUGUUCAUGAUCGGGGAGCAGCCUCUGAUGAGAAAAUGCAGAAUUUUGCCAUUGAAAACACACCUGUAUGCUUUUCUCGUAAUUCAUCUUUAAGCUCAUUAAGUGAUAUUGACCAAGAGAACAACAACAAAAAGAUAGAGGUAACAAAAGAAAAUGAAACUACAGACUCGGAUAUGGCAUUGCGGAGACCACAAACAUCAGGUUAUGCACCAAAAUCAUUCCAUGUUGAAGACACUCCUGUCUGCUUUUCUAGAAACAGUUCACUGAGUUCUUUGAGCAUUGAUUCUGAAGAUGAUUUGCUUCAAGAAUGCAUAAGUUCAGCAAUGCCAAAGAAGAAAAAACUUCCCAAAGUUAAGAGUGAAGGCGAGAAGGUUCGUUCAAAUAGCAUUGGUGGAAUACUUUCUGAGGAACCUGACCUUACUCUAGAUUUGAGAGAUCUGCAAAGCCCUGACUCUGAAAAUGCCUUUUCUCCAGAUUCAGAAAACUUUGACUGGAAAGCAAUUCAGGAAGGUGCUAAUUCAAUUGUUAGCCGCAUACAUCAAGCAGCUGCUGGAGUUUCUUUGUCGCGACAAGGCUCAUCAGACUCUGAUUCAAUUCUUUCACUGAAAUCAGGUAUUUCCUUGGGCUCCCCAUUCCAUCUUGCUUCUGACAAGGAAGAAAAGACAAUUACCAUAAAUAAAGGACCGAGAAUUUUAAAACCCGGGGAGAAAAGUUUAAUAGAAAAUAAGAAAACUGAGGAAGAAUCUAAAGGCAUCAAGGGAGGAAAGAAAGUUUAUAAAAGCAUGAUUACGGGAAAAUCCCGCUCCAGCUCCGACUUUUCAAGUCAGUGUAAACAGUCAGCACAGUCGAAUACGCCCUCAAUCUCGCGUGGGAGAACAAUGAUACAUAUACCUGGUGUCCGUGCUAGUUCCCCUAGCACAAGUCCUGUUUCAAAGAAGGUUCCUGUUCUGAAAAACGCAUCAUCAAAAAGUUCCAAUGACAUUGCCACAAAUUCUCCUAGAGGACAAAAACAAUUUAAAUCUGAAUCUGUUUACAGUAGCAAGCAGUCUACUACACCAGGAGGACCAAAUAAGGGUGGUUCUAGAUCAGGUUCAAGAGACUCUACUCCUUCAAAACCAUCUCCUCAACCAUUAAGUAGGCCUUUGCAGUCUCCUGGUCGUAGUUCUAUUUCACCAGGCAGGAGUGGAAUAAACCCUCCUAACAAAUUCUCCCAGUUGCCAAGAACAUCUUCUCCCAGUACAGUGUCCACCAAGUCUUCAGGCUCAAGUAGAAUGUCCUAUACAUCACCAGGUAGACAGUUAAGCCAGCAGAACCUAAGUAAACAGCCUACAAGCAAUCUACCAAAAGCACCCAGUGGUAUUCCAAGAAGCGAGUCUGCAUCAAAGGGUUUAAAUCAGAACACAAAUAAUGCUGGAUCCAGUAAGAAAGCAGAACUGUCUAGAAUGUCCUCAACAAAGUCGAGUGGAAGUGAGUCAGAUAGGUCAGAAAGGCCUGCUUUAGUACGGCAAUCAACAUUUAUUAAGGAAGCACCUAGUCCAACAUUAAGGAGGAAAUUGGAGGAGUCUGCAUCUUUUGAAUCUUUAUCCUCUUCAUCAAGAGCUGACUCCCCCCCACGAUCUCAAUCUCAAACACCAGUUUUGAGCCCUUCCCUUCCUGAUAUGUCUUUAUCAACUCAUCCUGUACAACCUGGAGGUUGGAGGAAAAUGCCCCCAAACUUGAAUGUUCCUCCAGAGCACAGUGAUCUCAGAAAACGUCAUGAUAUUGGUCGGUCACAUUCAGAAUCACCAUCCAGGCUUCCAAUUACUCGAUCAGGUACAUGGAAACGUGAGCAUAGCAAGCAUUCAUCAUCCCUUCCUCGUGUAAGUACUUGGAGGAGAACUGGAAGCUCAUCCUCAAUUUUGUCUGCUUCUUCCGAAUCUAGUGAGAAAGCAAGGAGUGAAGAUGAAAGGCAGCCACCGUGUUCCUUUCCUGGGCAUAAAUCGAGCACAGACUAUCCACCAUCUACAAAAGGAACUUGGCGAAAGAUAAAGGAGAGUGAAAUCCUUGACACGUCAAGCAUUGAUUCCUCUAAUAUUCUUGCAGAGUCUAACAGCGCACUUGAAACGAAAACCGUAUUCCAGAUGGCACCAGCUGUCUCCAAAACAGAAGAUGUAUGGGUAAGAAUUGAGGACUGCCCAAUCAAUAACCCUAGAUCAGGCAGAACUCCCACUGGGAAUUCUCCCCCAGUAAUUGACAAUAUAUCAGAGCAGGGGGAAAAGGAUGAGACAGUAAGGGACUGCCAAGGAAGGCAUAAUUCAGGGAAUGGGAAUGGGACUGUCUUGGAAAAUAGGCAAAAAUCUUUUAUUAAAUUGGAUGGUUUGGAUGCAAAGGGGACUGACCCAAAACCUGUAAUAAACAGCCAGCCCGCAGGGCAAGAGACUAAUGAAAAUCCAGUUCCAGAGCGUACACCAUUUAGUUCGAGUAGCUCAAGCAAACACAGCUCACCAAGUGGAACUGUUGCAGCACGUGUCACUCCAUUUAACUAUAAUCCCAGUCCAAGGAAAAGUAAUACAGAUGGUAGCACAUCCCGCCCAUCUCAGAUUCCAACUCCAGUGACUACAAACUCAAAAAAAAGGGACUCAAAAAAUGAAGCCACAGACUCUAGUGGCUCUCAAAGCCCCAAAAGACAUUCUGGCUCUUACCUUGUAACUUCUGUUUGAAAAAAUUCACAGCAGAUGUUUUAAGGAAACCCUGGUG